ACGCUCCCCCUUUUCCCUUUUUCGUCUCUAGUAACACAAUAUUUUAAACUCAUAUCUUUCUUCAACCUCUCUCUCUUUCUCAAAUCAAAUCUCUGUUUCUCAACAUGCCGACGACGACGAUGCGCUCCCAUCGGAAACCACCUCUAGGGUUGAGAUCUCCAAUCCGGCUUCGUCCCCGCUGCCCCCUUCAGUCAUCUCUACCUAAUCUUCAAACCCCAUCAGGCACUUCAACAAAGUCUCGUUUACCUAAACAAUCUUCGGUCAAAGAAGAAUCUGAACUCCACCCUAAAUACCACACGAUGUCUUGUGAACUAAACGCCUUAACGAAGAUGGUUCAAGAUACUCUGUGGGGAUCCACUACUACAAAUCAAUCUGUAACUGAGGGGCCUUUGUUUCAAAGGGGCAAGUUUUAUGAAGAGUAUUCUGCAAGAAGAAACGAGAGGCUGAAAAGGAAGCGAGGCGAAUCUGUGGUUGAGAAAAAGACUCCAUGCAAACAGUAUCUUGGAGUUAGAGUCGAGUCAGCAAAGAGAACAACUGCGGAAGUCAAGAAGUUUGAGAGUGCGAGGAAGAUGAUGACCCCGAUGAUGGAGAGGAGACAGACAGCAACGACACAAAGAUAUUCGCUAAGAAGUAGCUGCAAAGAAAACAAGAAGCCACCAUUGGCGAUGAGCUACAUGGGCGGUGCGACUGCAAGAAAAGGGUACUAGCAAAUGGUUUCAUUCAUUAGACAAUGGUUUAGGAUUAUGGAUAAUGUUCUUGGGUUUGUGUUUGAUUGUUUAUGGUCAUGGAUGAUUUUCUUGUAAGAUGCAAAUUUCAUAGCUUUAUCAUGAAAUGCAUCAAGUGCUUUAAACUAUGAUGGUAGUAUUUAUGUUUGGGGUAUAUUAGACUUA